AUGCCCGCCACGGAGAAGGACCUGGCCGAGGACGCUCCGUGGAAGAAGAUCCAGCAGAACACCUUCACCAGGUGGUGCAACGAGCACCUGAAGAGCGUCCACAAGCGCAUGCUGGACCUGCAGAAGGACUUGGCGGAUGGCCUGAGGCUCAUCGCGCUGCUGGAGGUCCUGAGCCAGAAGAACAUGUACCGCAGGUACCACGCCAGGCCCAACUUCCGCCAGAUGAAGCUGGAGAAUGUGUCGGUGGCACUGGAGUUCCUGGAGCGGCAACACAUCCGGCUGGUGUCCAUUGACUCCAAAGCCAUCGUGGACGGGAACCUAAAGUUGAUCCUCGGUCUGAUCUGGACGCUGAUCCUGCACUACUCCAUCUCCAUGCCAAUGUGGGAGGACGAGGAUGACGAGGAAGCCAGGAAGCUGACGCCCAAGCAGCGUCUUCUGGGCUGGAUCCAGAACAAAGUGCCCCAAAUGCCCAUCACCAACUUCCACCGUGACUGGAGGGAUGGAAAAGCUCUAGGAGCCCUGGUGGACAACUGCGCCCCCGGUCUCUGUCCAGACUGGGAAAUGUGGGAUCCGAGCCAGCCGGUGGAGAACGCCAGAGAGGCCAUGCAGCAGGCCGACGACUGGUUGGGUGUACCUCAGGUAAUUGCUCCAGAGGAGAUCGUGGACCCCAACGUUGACGAACACUCUGUUAUGACCUACCUGUCUCAGUUUCCCAAAGCCAAAUUGAAGCCAGGAGCCCCUUUGAGGGCCAAGACACUGCAUCCAAAAAAGGCCAAAGCAUUUGGGCCAGGCAUUGAACCUCGAGGUAAUGUGGUUCUCAAGCCGGCAGAGUUUCUAGUGGAAACGGUGGAGGCCGGACUGGGCGAGGUUCUGGUUUACGUGGAGGACUUGGAAGGGCACACGGAAGAGGCACGGGUGAUCCCCAACAACGACAAAAACCGAACAUACUCGGUAGUCUAUCUGCCCAAAGUGGAGGGUCUCCAUAAAGUAAAGGUUCUGUUUGCGGGCCAGGACAUCAAUGGUAGCCCCUUUAUGGUCCAUGUCUCCAAAGCCAUGGGGGACCCGAGCCGGGUGCAGGCCCGUGGCCCGGGACUGCAACACGUGGGAAACGUGGCCACCAAGCCUACCUACUUUGACAUCUACACGGCAGGCGCUGGCGCCGGCGAUGUGGGCGUGAUCAUCGUGGACUCGAAUGGUCGCAGGGACACCGUGGAGGUGGUCUUGGAAAACAGAGGCGAUAGCAUCUUCCGAUGCACCUACGUUCCAGUCCUGGAUGGGCCGCACACCGUUCAUAUCACCUUUGCAGGACAGGAGAUUCCCAGGAGCCCCUUCCCUGUCCUCAUAGCACAAGCCUGUAGCCCAAACGCCUGCAGGGCGUCCGGCCGAGGUCUGCAGCCCAGAGGUCUGAGGGUGAAGCAAGUGGCCGAGUUUAAAGUGGACACCCGAGGCGGCGGCACCGGCGAGCUCCGAGUUUCGGUGAAGGGACCGAAUGGCCUGGAGGAGCCCGUGAAGAUGGUGGAGGCGGACAACGGCAUUUACGAAUGUAACUACUAUCCGAUCGUGACGGGCAGUUACAUCAUCACCAUCACUUGGGGGGCUCACAGCAUCCCGCGCAGUCCGUUUGAGGUCUAUGUGAGCGAGGAAGCUGGGCCUCAGAAGGUGCGGGCUUGGGGUCCCGGUCUGGAGACGGGCCUGGUGGGCAAGAGCGCUGACUUCGUGGUGGAGGCCAUCGGGACGGAGGUGGGAACGCUGGGCUUCUCUAUCGAGGGUCCGUCUCAGGCAAAGAUCGAGUGCGAUGACAAAGGAGAUGGGUCAUGUGAUGUGAAGUACUGGCCCACCGAGCCCGGCGACUACGCCAUCCACGUCAUAUGUGACGACGAAGAUGUGAAAGACAGCCCCUUCAUGGCACGCAUUCUCCCUGCGGCCGUGGACCUCCACCCAGAAAAGGUGAGGUGUUACGGACCGGGUCUGGAACCCGUCGGCUGCAUGAUCAACAAGCCGGCAGAUUUCUCCAUCGACAGCCGAGGAGCCGGCGGCGGAAAGCUGAGGCUCUACGCUCAGGAUGCUGAAGGCUUCCCAAUUGAUGUGGAGAUUAGGGACAACGGCGAUGGGACAUUCUUGUGUGUUUAUAUCCCAAUAAAGCCUCUGAAGCACACAAUCAUUAUCACUUGGGAUGAAGUCAAUGUUCCCAACAGCCCCUUCAGGGUGAGCAUUGGAGAGGGGAGCCAUCCACAGAAGGUGAAGGUUUUUGGUCCCGGCGUGGAGAGAAAUGGACUGAAAGCUAAAGAGCCCACUUACUUCACAGUGGACUGCGGUGAGGCAGGGCAAGGUGAUGUCAGCAUUGGCAUUAAGUGUGCCCCCGGCGUGGUCGGACCCGCUGAGGCCGGCAUCGACUUUGACAUCAUCAAGAAUGACAAUGACACAUUCACGGUCAAGUACACUCCACCGGCACCGGGCCUGUACACUAUCAUGGUGCUCUUUGCUGACCAGGAAAUUCCAAUUAGCCCCUUCAGAAUAAAAGUGGAUCCUUCUUAUGAUGCUGCUAAAGUGAGAGCAGAAGGACCUGGACUCAGUAAAUCGGGUGUAGAAGCGGGAAAGCCGACACACUUCACUAUCUACACAAAAGGAGCCGGCAAAGCCCAGCCUGAGGUCCAUUUCGGAGGCAGAGCUACAGGUGACGUGGUGCGAGACUUUGAGAUCAUUGACAACCACGACUACUCAUACACAGUCCGCUACACCGCUGCCCACCAGGGAAGUUUGGUCAUCACUGUCCUCCACGGGGGUGACGCUAUUCCCAAAAGUCCCUUUCACAUCACUGUGGCUCCACCUCUGGAUCUCAGCAAGGUCCAUGUUGACGGUCUAAACAACAAGGUCGACGUCGGGAAGGAUCAGGAAUUCAGCAUCAGUACAUUGGGCGCCGGUGGUCAAGGCCAACUAGAAGUGAAAAUCAUAUCCCCAUCCAACCGACCGAUACCAUGCAAGCUGGAAUCUGACGCGGCCAAUGAAAGUUAUUCGGUGAGGUACAUCCCGCCAGAGGAAGGGCCUUAUAGUGUGGAAAUCAGCUAUGAUGGGAACCCCAUCCCGGGGAGCCCAUUGGCCGUGGAAGGCAUCUUGCCUCCUGAUCCAUCCAAGGUGCGAGCCUACGGUCCGGGUCUCCAGGGUGGCACGGUGGGCCAACCGGCCCCGUUUGCCAUAGAUACAAAGGGAGCGGGCACCGGAGGGUUAGGCCUGACGGUGGAGGGUCCCUGCGAAGCCAAGAUUGAAUGCCAGGACAACGGUGACGGAUCCUGCUCUGUGUCCUAUUUGCCCACUGAACCCGGCGAGUACAAUAUCAACAUCCUUUUUGCUGAGCAGCACAUCCCCGGCUCCCCCUUCAAGGCCGUCGUCCAGUCCAUCUUUGACCCCAGCAGGGUGACGGCCAGUGGGCCUGGUUUAGAGCGGGGAAAAGCCCACGAAGCCGGCUCCUUCCUAGUGGACUGUUCCAAAGCCGGAGAGGCUGAGCUCACCAUCGAAAUCAUCUCCGAGUCAGGCUCCAAAGCUGAAGUUCACGUGGAGAACAACGGCGACGGAACCUACUCCAUCACCUACAUCCCACAGUGUCACGGCGUGUACACAGUCACCAUUAAGUACGGUGGACACCCAGUGCCGAAAUUCCCCGCACAUCUUGAGGUGGAAGCCGCCCUCGACAUCAGCGGCGUCAAGGUCUUCGGACCUGGCGUGGAAGCGCGAGGAGUCCUGCGAGAAGUGCCCACACAUUUCAUCGUGGACGCCAAGAGUGUUUACCAGUCUUCUGUUAAAGUUUACAUUACGAAUCCUUCGGGCGCCAACACGGGCGCCUACAUUACAGACCAGGGUGACGGCACGUACCGAGUGGACUACACGCCGUUCGAGGAUGGUGUGCAUGUCAUCGAGGUGUUAGUGGAUGAUGACCCCUUACCAAAGAGUCCUUUCAGGGUGUCCGUGAGUGAAGGUUGUGAUCCGAGUCGAGUUCGAGCUUGCGGGCCGGGCCUGGAGGAGGGUCUGGUCAACAAGCACAACCGGUUUACCGUUGAGACCAGGGGUGCUGGCACCGGGGGUCUUGGGCUGGCUAUUGAGGGCCCCUCAGAGGCCAAAAUGUCCUGCAAGGAUAAUAAAGAUGGCAGCUGCAGCGUGGAGUACAUUCCCUUUACUUCUGGAGAAUACGAUGUCAACAUCACCUUUGGAGGACUUCCCAUUCCAGGAAGUCCAUUUCGAGUACCGGUGCGAGAGGUGGUGGACCCCGGCAAAGUGCGCUGCUCUGGACCUGGUCUCGGCAGUGGCGUUCGUGCUCACGUUUUUCAGACCUUCACGGUCGACAGCAGCAAGGCUGGUGUAGCCCCUCUGGAGGUCCAGAUAUUUGGGCCCACAGGUGUUACUGAGCCCGUGAGUAUUAUAGACAAUGGGGACGGGACGCACACGGUCAAUUACACCCCAGGCCACGAUGGUCCAUACACCAUAUGUGUCAAGUACGCCCAGCAAGAAGUCCCUCGAAGUCCUUUCAAAAUCAAGACCCUGCCGGCCCAUGAUGCCAGCAAGGUGCGUGCCAGCGGUCCCGGUCUGAAUUCGUCCGGCGUCCCUGCCAGUCUGCCGGUAGAGUUCACCAUUGAUGCCAGAGACGCCGGCGAAGGGUUGCUCACCGUUCAGAUCCUGGAUCCUGAGGCAAAGCCCAAGAGGGCCAACAUCCGGGACAACCGAGACGGAACAUACACAGUGUCCUACGUGCCAGAUAUGGCAGGCCGCUACACCAUCACCGUCAAGUAUGGCGGGGACGAGAUCCCGUAUUCGCCGUACCGUAUCCACGCCCUACCCACUGGGGACGCCAGCAAGUGUUUGGUCACAGGGUCCGGUGUCGGUCCCACCAUCCAGAUCGGAGAGGAAACCGUCAUCACUGUAGACGCAAAGGCUGCUGGGAAAGGGAAAGUCACAUGCAAGGUGUCUACACCGGAUGGCGGGGAGCUAGAUGUGGAUGUGGUGGAAAACACGGAUGGGACAUUUGACAUAUACUACACGGCGCCAGAACCCGGGAAGUACGUCAUCACCAUCCGCUUUGGGGGGGAGCACAUUCCUGACAGUCCCUUCCACGUAAUGGCGACCAAUGAUCCCAGGAUUCCUGUUAAUGGCAUGGAGGCCAUGUUGCGACCCUUCAGUCUGGUCAUUCCCUUUACCGUCCAGACGGGGGAAAUCACAGGUGAAGUGCGAAUGCCGUCCGGCCGCACAGCUCGCCCGCACAUCUCUGACAACAAGGACGGCACGGUCACCGUCAAGUACUCGCCGAACGAACGUGGCCUGCACGAGAUGGACAUCAAGUACGAAGGCCAGCACAUUCCAGGAAGUCCACUUCAGUUUUUCGUGGACGCCAUUAACAGUGGUCACGUGACAGCCUACGGUCCCGGUCUGAGCCACGGCAUCGCCAACACGCCGGCAGUCUUCACCAUCGCUACCAAGGAUGCCGGAGAAGGCGGUUUGUCUCUGGCGGUGGAAGGUCCGUCCAAAGCUGAGAUCAGUUGCAAGGAUAACAAAGACGGGACCUGCACCGUGUCCUACCUGCCCACGUCCCCUGGCGACUACAUUAUCAUCGUCAAGUUUGACGACAAACACAUCAACGGCAGCCCCUUCGCCGCCAAGAUCACCGGUGACGACCCUCUCGCCACCUCUCAACUCAACGUUGGCACGGCGACUGAUGUCUCCUUGAGGAUCAUGGAGACUGAUCUGGGGAGUCUGACGGCGACCAUUCGGGCACCGUCAGGGAGUGAAGAGGCAUGCCUCCUGAAGAGACUUCCCAACAGACACAUUGGCAUCUCAUUCACACCAAAGGAGGUGGGCGAGCAUGUAGUGAGCGUGAAAAAGGGAGGCACACAUGUGACCAACAGCCCAUUUAAAAUCAUGGUAGCGCAGUCUGAGAUUGGCGACGCCAGCAAGGUCAAAGUGUUUGGGGCGGGCCUGCUGGAGGGACGCACUUUCGAGGUGGCGCAAUUCAUCGUAGACACCAGGACCGCCGGUUACGGAGGUCUGGGUCUGUCGAUCGAGGGGCCUAGUAAAGUCGACAUCAAUUGCGAGGAUGUAGAGGACGGCACGUGUCGUGUCACGUACUGUCCCAGUGAGCCUGGUAACUACAUCAUAAACAUCAAGUUUGCUGACCAGCACGUCUCAGGAAGCCCUUUUACUGUAAAAAUGUUUGGUGAGGGCAGAAUGAAGGAGAGUAUCACCAGGAAGCGCCAGGCACCUGCCAUCGCCACCGUGGGAAGCACUUGUGACCUCAACCUCAAGAUUCCAGGUGAGGCGGCCCACCAGGAAAUGGCGGCUCAGGUGACAAGUCCGGGCGGCAAGUGCGAGGAUGCCGAGAUCAUCCGCGGCGAGGACAGCACGUACAGCGUACGCUUCGUGCCGCAGGAAAUGGGGGCGCACGUGGUGGACGUCAAGUAUCGCGGACAACAUGUGCCCGGGAGCCCCUUCCAGUUCACUGUGGGUCCCUUGGGAGAGGGCGGCGCCCACAAGGUGCGGGCUGGCGGCACCGGGCUGGAGCGUGGCGUGGCCGGCAUCCCAGCUGAAUUCAGCAUCUGGACCAGAGAGGCGGGUGCCGGAGGGCUCUCCAUAGCGGUAGAGGGUCCCAGCAAGGCAGAGAUAGCAUUUGAGGACCGCAAGGACGGUUCUUGCGGGGUCUCCUAUGUGGUCCAAGAGCCUGGAGACUACGAGGUCUCCAUCAAGUUUAACGACGAGCACAUACCAGAUUCUCCCUUCACGGUCCCCGUGGCCAGUUUGUCUGAUGACGCUCGCCGCCUAACCAUCACUAGCCUUCAGGACUCUGGACUGAAAGUUAACCAAGAAGCGUCCUUUGCAGUGCAACUGAACGGAGCCCGAGGACACAUAGAUGCCAAAAUCCACGCACCUUCUGGAGCCACAGAGGAAUGUUUGAUCACUCAACUGGACAUUGAUCAGCACGCCAUCCGGUUUGUCCCUAAAGAAAACGGUGUCCACUCCAUCGACGUUCGCUUCGGCGGAAGCCACGUACCUGGAAGCCCCUUUAAAAUCCGUGUGGGAGAGCCAGGCCAGGCGGGAGACCCCAGCAAGGUGUCAGCUUCUGGGGCGGGCUUGGAGAUCGGGACCACAGGUGUGGCAUCAGAGUUCAUGGUCAACACAUGUAAUGCUGGCGGCGGUGCUCUGUCCGUGACCAUCGACGGUCCCUCCAAAGUCCAGAUGAGCUGUCAGGAAUGCGCUGAGGGCUACCUGGUGUCCUACACCCCCAUGGCCCCCGGUAGCUACCUGAUUUCCGUCAAGUACGCAGGAGCCCAGCACAUCAUCGGCAGCCCCUUCAAGGCCAAAGUUUCAGGUCCUCGCUUGUCCGGAGGUUCCAGUCUUCACGAGACCUCGUCAGUACUGGUAGAAACCGUCACUAAGUCGUCGUCUGGAAAGAUGGGCGCUUUCGCUUCCCUGCCGAAAUUCUCUUCGGAUGCCAGCAAGGUGAUCCCUAGGGGGUCCGGCCUGUCCAAGGCCUUUGUGGGACAGAAAAACUCCUUCAUGGUGGACUGCAGCAAAGCAGGAAGUAACAUGUUGAUGGUGGGGGUCCACGGCCCCAGGGCCCCGUGCGAGGAGGUCUACGUCAAGCACGCGGGCCACAAGAUGUACAAUGUGACGUACACGGUAAAAGAAGCAGGAAACUACAUCCUCAUGGUCAAAUGGGGUGACGCCCACAUACCCGGUAGCCCCUUUCACGUCACGGUGCCGUGA